UGCAGAACAGCUGAUUGUCAUUGUAGUGAAUUUUUCGUGGUUAACAAAAAAUUCCAAAGCACGCAUUUUGCGUCAAUUUUCGCAAAUUAAUUUGGUUUUAAAUGCAUUUACAAGCACAACAUAGCAUAAAAAAGAAACAUAUAAGAAAACGAGUCGAGUUAAAAUCUUGAAUACACUAAAGCGCUACAAAAUGUCUCGCGUAGUACGCCGCAAACAUGUGCUUAAGGAAAUGAUGGAAGAUGAUUUCGAGCUGCCCAGCGAGAAGCAACAAAUUGUGCGGGUGAUCAGUAGUCGUGGUAAUAAUCUGCACGAAGUGGAAACGGCUGAGGUCAAUGCGGAAAAUUUCCUAGCAUCCAUGCCGAAUAAAUUUCGUAAAAAUGUUUGGGUUAAACGUGGUGAUUAUGUGCUCGUGGAACCCAUCGAAGAGGGUGACAAAGUGAAGGCGGAAAUUUGUAAAAUUCUCACACCCGAACACAUUAAGGAAUACACCAAAGCGGGUGUAUGGCCAAAAGCGUUUGGUAAAAAACGUGAACACGAACAAGUACAAAUGGAUAGCGACGAAGACACGUACGGUGAUGACUUGCUGGUGAGAAAUCCCAAUAGACCGGCGCAAACGCAAGAAGAUAGUAAUAGCGAAGCAGGCGAUGAUGAAGAGAACUCAAGUGAUGACGAUUAAAAAUGUCAUGCAGCGUAACGUAUUGUAUACCCUGCAGCAACCUCAGCAAUUAUUCUGUCAACAAAUGUGUGCUUUACUGUGCUGUCAACUAAUUUGCGUUAUUUUUGCAACUAUGCAACUACGUAUGCAUAUUAUAAACUAUUUAGAGCUAAAAUAUUUCCGUAAUAUGCUAAUUGAAUAGGUUUCUAGGUUUUAUAUUGUAAUAAAUAGGUGCGAAACAAAA